UGAGCCAGUCGGCUCCAAGGCUCCACUUUUGUAUGGAAGCGAAGAAAGCUUUUCCGUUAUUAAUCACUACAAUGGGAAGCUGCUGGCAUAUAACUAUCGGAGAUAGAAAGAGUAGUAAAAUAUCGGGGAGAAUGGAAAAUUCUAGGCUCUCAGACCAAAAGGCAAAGAUUUUGUGGCAGCUUGAAAACUUACAAAAUUCCAAGGAUUUUGGCUUCCCCCUUAUAAAUUCUGCUAACCUCAAACGCCCACAACAAUUCCCUCGUAAAGGAUAUUAACCUGAAAAUUUGCAUGUAAGCUUAUUUGUGAAUAUUUUUUCCAUUUCUGAUGACAUUAUGCUAUACUAAUGACUAAAUUUGUUCUUGAAAAGCACGUCACGUGACCAGCCGUCGCAAAAAAAUAAAAUAAAAUAAAAUAAAUAAAAAAAAAAAACCCGAAAAAAGACUUGAAGGGAAACUCGCGGAAUUCAAAGGAAAUUAUGCUUGUAGGGAGGAAUAAACGUUUUUCCUGAAACACUGAAACCUUUGUGACGUUAUUUUAAGCAUGAUAUUGUUAUUCACAUAAAACGGCUUGAAACCGAGUAACUCGGCUUGACCAAGGUUAGCGAAAUACUCGCUGACCGUAACGACGUCAUUUCCUUUCGGUGGCCCAGAAUGUGUUUCCUUUUCCGUCAGCUUGCCAGGAACGUCACUUCAAUCACCACUUUUGUUGUUGUUUUUGUUGUUGUUUUUGUUUCUUAUUUUGUCAAAAUAGAAGGCGAAUCAAACUUCUCUCCCUUUUUCUUCCAUUUAUGAGUUGUCGCCAUCUUGAUUAUUUGAUUGCCAGAGAAGAAUGGAGUCAAAGUUCGCCAGCUUCCCCUAUUACUUUUGGUUCCUUUUGGCAUCGACCAGUCAACCGAGAAGGGCUUCCUACGCCUUCGUUAGUAUCUUGCGCAAUGUAUUCUUUGAUAACAUUUUGACUGUACUUGAGAUAGAAUUCCUGACACAUCAAUUCCUCGUCCCCUUUUCGCCCGUCAUAUAAGCUGGAUUACGGUAGCUGAAGUUUAAACUUUGAUUUGGCUCUCGCAUGACCACUGGAGAGAAACGACUCUCUCGUUAAAUAUUUGCUUAUUCAAAUUCUAAAUACCGCGAAUUGUAUUUAUAUAAGCAUACACGAUAAAGUGACGCAGUGAAACGGAAAACCAGUGAUAAAAUUCCGGCCCUAAGGGAGAGGUCUAGAUAAGGUCAUAACGAAUGACUCACCGUGAAAUAUCAUUAAAGCUGGUUAGAGAAUUGCCUUUAUUAUACGAAAAUGGAUGCAAGAGUUUCAUCAUAUGUCCUCUCAAAGGAAAACAACAAUCAUACUUCAUGUAAACUUUGCAACAAAGUCGACAGCAACAAUGUCAAAAUACUCAACUGUCUGCAUGUGUUUUGUGAAGCAUGUCUCAAGAAGUUUCUUGUCGAGAACUCUGUCAUUUGCCCGCAAUGCGGUCGCAGAAUGCGACUUGGAGAUCAAGGAAUUAACGGACUGCCAUCUCACGAGUUCUAUGAUCGAGUGAAAGACAUACGAAACUGUGAUCAGUGGAUUCAACAGCGACGCGACGCCUUCUGUUGGGAGAUGUAAACAAAAGCCCACUUACAACAGAAGAUAGUGACUUGCUGUUUUCAUAAAUGAACUUGUCUCCAUCGAUAAAUGGGAAAUUUAACCGUAAUUACCAAAGGAAAUGCUUCAUCUUCUGUACUUCAAACCGUUUUACGUACAUGCAAAAGAUGAAAGAAUCAGUGACAGAAACAGCUGAAGCGAGAAUUAGCAUUGAACAAGCGACUUGCGUUACAAACUUGCGUGACGUUCGUUACAACAACAGCGCGAAAGCUUGGUUCUAAUAUUGUUCUCAAAAUAAUUCCCUCCUCACUCCGAAGUCUGCCGGCAUUUUCAGUGCUUCUUUAUCCAUCGUAGAGUACAGAUGUGUUUGCAACUUAAGCUAACAGGAGGCCAUUAAUCACUAAACUUGAGUGACCUCUGAGUCUUCAACUUUUAUGAAUAACAAAAUCUGCUUACAAGUUCCGGUAUAGUUUUCAAAAAGUAUGGCUUCAUACAUCGCAAAACUGUCGUGUUGUCUUAAAGAUAAUUACGUGAAGCAGUGACAAACUAGAUUUGAAAGAAAAAGUUAGAUUUGACUCAAGAAACAAACUAAAUACUGUAUUAAUGCAUUCUGAUCUGAAUAUGCUGUCUAGACAACGUCUGAUCUUGUGAUUUUACCGCCAUAAAAACCCCAUUAAUAAUCAACAAUCAUGUUUUUGUUAGCAUCCGUACUUAAUCUGUAAAGGCUAUAAAUUAUUAUUAUUUUUGUUAUAUUAUUUUAUUAUUUUUCUUGUAGCUACUAAGCUUUAAUUCUAAUCGUGCCUGUCUGAUGUCUAUCUAUUAAUUUGCACAGAGAUUAUCAUCAGCACUGCUGUGUUCUAUUGGAAAUCCGCUUGUCUGAUUGGUUCUUUCAUCGUUUUCUAUUCAAACAAUAGAGUGUUUCUGUCGAGGAACUUUCGGCUGAUAGUUGCCCUGAGGAAAUUUGAUGUUUUUAAAACAAACAUUUACCGAGAAGAGGAGCUUCAAGAAUUCAAUUAUCCAUUUGUUUCUAAAUGUUACUCCUAGGUUCGGGAAAACGAGAAAACGCGGCCAUUUCGCAGACGACUAACAGCUACUACACGGUUACGGCUGAUAGAGUACGAUAGGUCAACCAAUCAGAUUGCAGCAUCUACCGUUGUGAAGAGGUGGCCGUCGUAGAGAGGUUAGUGAAUGUAUGUACUGUUCGCACGUGACCAAACAGUGUGGCUGAUGUAGGAAGGCUUCGCUCUUCACUUUUUAUAUCUAUUCUGUUGUAGAUAGUGAGUAAUUCAGCAGUGUGUGGUUGUUAACAGAAUGGAAGCCGCUUCUUUGGGUUUUCGAAGUCUCGAGCUCAUAAUCUACUUGACAAAUAUAAGUACAGACUUAGAAAGCGAUUUCCUUCGUGGCGUUUUCUAACAACCUUUAAGCGGGUUCGCUAUAGCGUUGAAGAACCUAAUUGUGUCAUGAAAAAUCAUCUUGGUGCAAACACCACUGAAAUUAACCCAACUUAAAUUUUUGGAGUUGAUUACAGCGGGAAUUGAUCACAGCAUUUAAAAUUGGAAUUGCAAUUGAUUACAGCGUUUAAAUCGUGACUCCAAUCAUUCAGUUUGUUAUUUUGUAAAACCAGAUUGCCCUGUUUCUCUCGCCAGCUGAACGGGGUCUGUGUUUUUCUUAACGUAUCCCACAAGGCCUUGACGCCUGAGAGAGACAUAGGAUCAGCCUCAGUCGAUUUACUCGGCAGAGCUAUUGGGUUAUGAAAUAUCUUUAAUGCUACCCUUUCAGAUACAAUUAAAAUUGUCAGCUACAUCCGCUGUAUUUCGAUCCAAGGGAGAACCUUGACGUCAAUCUAUUAUUGAAAGUCCGAGAUUUUGAAAACAAAUCCUCUGAAGCAAUUGAGACCUUAAAAAGUUAAAAACAAAUUAAGUCAAAAUUUAAUCACAGAAGCGACCCAGCUAUUUCAAGAAACGAGAUUUUCCGAACGUAAAAGAAAACUGAACUUAAAAAAAAAUGGUAUUGUGGUUCAUCGAAACAAAUUAUAACCCACCAAUAUAUACUAUACCUACAAAAAAACUGGUGUUAAUAAACGAGCUAUUCAGGCUUGCCUGAAGGUUAUUAAAAAUAGAUCUUAUUCUGUGUAGACAGAGCCGCAGCAAAUUAUACUUUUACUAACCGCUUUUGUUUCAGUUCAUUAUAAAUGAAGACGUUAUUGACACCAAUAUGAAAGGAACUAUGUUCCUGGGUAAACAAAGCUAAUUUAACUAAGGAAGUGGCUAAGAGGUUAAUUGUAGCUGUGGGUAAUAAGAUCUUUCACCUGCGAAAACUUUGGCAUGAUGCGUGAAAACUAUUAAGGCAAAAAUCAACAAAUCUAAGUUAGAACUGAGCAAGGCUGUCGUGUGUUAAGUUCAUUAUCAAUCUGAAUAUGAGUUAUGGAAUGAUUCAAUGAAACGGCUUAUUUUGAAAAAAAUGAAAAACUCGACGCUUUGCUGGAACAUAGGCACAUCAUUUGAGGACUCUUCAUACACUCUCUUGGCCUGGUUGAAUACCAUCUCCGGGAUUUUAUCCGUGGGAAGCAACUUAUUAGUCUUGACAGCAAUUUACAGCUUUUCUCCCUUAAGAAAGGUUUCUAGCUUUUUCAUUGCCUCACUGGCCGUCGCUGAUUUGCUGGUUGGUUUGCUCAUGAAUCCAGUUUAUACUUCGAUCUUCAUCGUUAAAGCCACGGAAGAUGAUCAGCACCCUUUACGAGUCGCAGAACAUUGGUUGUGGCUUCAAACGGUUAUAACCUCAACCUUCACUCUGACAGCUGUUUCCAUUGAGCGCUUCAUCGCAGUGAAAGAGUGCUUGCGUUAUUCCGAAAUUGUCACAGUUAAGCGUUCUUGCUAUUGCGUGGCGUCAAUAUGGGUUUUCUCCUUCUUUUACGCUUCCCAGCGUCUUGUUAUCCACCGCGGUGAAGAUCUCCCUUCGCUGUGGAUUUGUACAACAGUUUUAACGGUUUUUCUGCCUUUCUUUGUCAUCUUGUAUUGUUACGUUUACAUCUUCCAAGCCGCGCAAACGCAAUGUCUUCGCAUAGCCGCAGAUAGCGUCAUCAAUUCACGUUAUUACAAGGAAGUCUUGAAAAACAAGAAGGCUGCUUUAACUUUGUGUAUUGUGAUCGGUCUGUUCGCGUUUUUGUGGUCGCCAAGUCUCGCCCUCUCACUGUGGCAUGUUUCAACUGCUGAUCCCUCUGAAAUACAGUGUAUAGACUAUCUGUGGUUUUGGGCGGCUUUUCUGUCAUUUAUCAGUUCGUUUUGUAAUCCCUGGGUUUAUGCAAUUCGAACGAAACAGUUUCGAAUGGGGUUUCUUAAAGUACUGCGUGUAAGGGCGCUGAAAGGACGGUCUCGAUAGGGAGGAUAGAAUCCCAGUUAUCUGGUUAAUUUCGCGUCGAUUUCUCGGGUUUCAGUCAAAGGAGCCACAUCACGUUUAGCCUAAAUUUCUCAAGUUUGUCGUCAUUUGUAAUCCGUGUUAAUC